AUGAGCGAAUCUCCUCCUGGAUUUUCAGCUAAUUUACGCUACCAGACAUCGGAUAACUCUCAGAACAGCGGCGGCAAGGAUAGUUUGCUGAAUACUUCCGGAACCCAGACCUCUCCGGUCAUUGUCUUGCCUCCUUUAGACCCCAUACGCCAGGAGAAAAGGCUUCCUAUCCGAAUACUCAAAAUGUUGACCGCUCACACCAGCCACAUGCUUCACUCUGAGUAUCUCCAGCCUCUAACCUCCGCACCAGUCAGCAUUGAGCUGGAUGCAAAGAAAAGUCCCCUUGCCCUGUUGGCUCAGACUUGCUCCCAGAUUGGCAAACCUGAUCCUCCACCCUCCUCCAAGCUGAGCUCCAUCACGUCCAGCAGCAUCAGUGACAAAGAUGGGCGCUCCUCCUCCUCUAACCUUAAACCCAUGGAACAACAGCAAAUGACAGAGGACAAGUCCAGCUUUAAGCCCUAUUCAAAAUCUGGAGGGGAAUGCAGGAAAGAUGGGAUAGGGCCCAACGGUUCGGCCGACAAAGCUGGUUUCCGGGUACCAGCUGGAACUGGAACUGUGACAUGUGGAUCGUUUUCCCCUCGUGGCGCCUCACCAAGGACCGGCUCACCACCGCAACACACAGCGGGUCAGGUGCAGACGCACCGUCAUGCACCGUCACCCCCCAGCCAAAAAACAGCCCACUCCCAAGCACCGCACAUGGACCCCAAACCUGCAUGCGGUGAUCACAGCAACGGUGACCAUGGCAACGGUAACAGCGCAGCAGGGAAAAAAGACUCCGAGCAAACUAAGCCUGGUCUGGACAAUGCACAGCUGGCUAACUCAAGCCGUGCUCGGGCUAGUACUAAUUCUAGCAACGCUAGCUCAGCUAGUAGCCCACAGCCUGAUGCUAAGGCAGAUCCUCAGCCUUCUCAGACAGGUCUGGGCACCGGACACAUUGCCCCUGUUUCUCCCUUCAAGCCAGGCCACACCAGCUUCCCUCUACCCCCCUCCAGCAUCGGUUACCAUGGAUCUAUUGUUGGGGCCUAUGGGGGCUACCCCUCGCAAUAUGUACCUGGGUUGGACCCUGCUAAAUCUAGCUUGGUUGGCUCAGGGAUGGGAGUUCCUGGAAAACACCCGAGCUCCAGUCCUCUAACGGGAGCAUCUCCACCAUCUUUCAUGCAAGGUCUUUGCAGGGACCCAUACUGUCUGUCCUAUCCAAAUGCUCCCCACUUGGGGGGUAGCAGUUGCACUUCCUGUGUUCACGAUCCUUCCUCCACCCUUAAGUCAGGCUUCUCCCUUAUGUACCCAUCGCACCACCUUCACACGCUCCACCCCAGUGCCCUGUCCUCCAGUGCCACCCCUACUCUGUCUCACCCGCUCUACUCUUAUGGUUUCAUGCUCCCAAAUGAGCCACUCGCUCAUGCUUGUAACUGGGUCUCUGUCGGGGGUCCAUGUGAUAAGCGUUUUGCCACGUCCGAGGAGCUCCUAGCUCAUCUUCGGACGCACACGGCACUUCCGGGUGUAGACGGGAAACUUCUUGCCGGAUAUCCUUCCUCCGUCACUUCCGGGGCAUCCUGUCACCUUCAUCUGCCUCCUCCAAGCAGCCCUGGGGCCCUUCCCAGCUCCUUCACUCUCCGCGGUUCCCCUGGGCUGGGACUUGCACGGUACCACCCUUAUGGAAAGGCACAUCUGCCUGGAGCUCCAUCCCUUCCCCUUCCCUCUCUUCCAGCAACUACGCCCUACUACUCCCCAUAUGCACUCUAUAGUCAAAGACUGGGGUCUGCCUCAGCUCUUGGCUAUCCAUGA